UUAGCCUCGCGCUUCAGCGUUUCUGCCCCGGCCUUCGGGCCGCUGUGUGCUUUGGAAGAGCCACCAAGGUUGCUCGAUAUGGCCGAGUCAGCUGCUUUUCUUCCCAUCCCGCCUUCCCCGUCCUCUUUAAAGGCCGGCAGCCGGCGAAGAGGCGCCACGACCCGGCACGAUGCUGCGGACUCUGCUCCUCGCUGCCUUCGUCCUCGGCGGAUACUGCUCGGAGGAGCUGCCGGAUGGGGCGCAGCGGGUGGUCGGCGGCACCGAAGUGCGGUCGCACGCGUGGCCGAGCCCCCUCCAGUAUUACUCCAGCGGGAACUGGUACCACACCUGCGGCGGGUCCCUCAUCCGGCAGAACUGGGUGAUGACGGCGGCUCACUGCGUUGACAGUAACCUGAACUUCCGCGUGGUCGCUGGCGAUCACAACAUCUACCAGAACGAGGGCACCGAGCAGGUCUUCAGCGUCAGCAAGAUCAUCAAACAUCCCUCCUGGAACAGGAACAACGUCGCCGCGGGCUACGACAUUGCCCUGCUCCGGCUCUCCGGCAGCGCCACCCUC